GAAUCCAAAAUUUACAAAAAUAUGAACAUGAUACUUCUCUUAUGCAUCAUAUUUUCCAUUACCAUUCUCUUCUUGAAAAAACUGACGACAGGGAAGAAAAGUAAUACAUUGGCAUCACCACCGAGACUUCCGUUGAUCGGAAACCUUCAUCAGCUCGGCCAACAUCCUCACCGAUCACUACGCACCCUGAGCCACCGUUACGGACCUCUCAUGCUCCUUCACUUUGGCACUGUCCCCGUUCUUGUAGCCUCUUCCGCUGACGCUGCUCGAGACAUUUUGAAGACCCAUGACCGCGUCUUCGCGAGCCGACCACGUUACAGAAUCUACGAAAAGCUUCUCUACGGGAGCCGCAAUAUGGCCUCAGCUCCUUAUGGAGAGUAUUGGAGGCAAAUGAAGAGUGUGAGUGUCAUACAUCUCCUAAGCAACAAAAUGGUACGUUCUUUUCGAGAAGUGAGACAAGAAGAGAUAAGUCUGCUGAUGGAAAAAAUCAAGAAACUGAGUUCUUCUUCGCCGAUGAAUCUAAGCAAGCUCAUGACGACUUUAACUAACGAUGUUAUAUGUAGAGUUGCUUUGGGAAGAAAAUACGGUGCUGGAACAGAUUUUAAAGAGUUAAUAGACCGGCUCAUGAGGCAAUUGGGUACGUUUAGUCUCGGGAGUUAUGUACCGUGGCUUGCAUGGACUGAUUGGAUCCGUGGUCUAGAUAGUCAACUUGAAAAGACGGCAAAAGAUUUUGAUGAGCUCUUGGAGAAGAUUGUGCAGGAUCAUGAAGAUGGAGAUGGCGAUAAAGCUGAUUUCGCCGAUGUAUUACUCGCCGUUCAGAAAGAGAAGAGCGUUGGGUUUGAGAUCAACCGGUUAAGCAUAAAGGCAAUCAUCUUGGAUGCUUUUGUGGGUGGUACAGACACAUCUUCAACGCUUUUGGAAUGGGAAAUGACAGAGCUUCUUCGUCACCCAAAGUGUCUGAAAAGACUUCAAGAAGAAGUCCGUACAGUUUGUAAGGGGAGAUCAAGUGUAUCAGAGGACGACAUUCAAGAAAUGAACUACUUAAGAGCUGUGAUCAAAGAGACACUCAGGCUACAUCCUCCAGUUCCAUUGAUGGUUCCUCACGAAUCAACAGAAGAUGUGAAACUAAGAGAACACCACAUACCAGCCGGUACACAGGUUAUGAUCAAUCUUUGGGCGAUCGGGAGAGAGGUAGCCACGUGGGGACCGGACGCCGAGGAGUUUAGACCGGAGAGGCAUUUAGAUUCUUCUUCCUCUGCUGCUGAUUUCCGUGGUCAGGAUUUUGAGCUGAUUCCGUUUGGUUCAGGGAGAAGGAUGUGCCCUGGAAUAUCAUUUGCUGUGGUGUUGAAUGAGGUGGUUUUGGCUAACUUAAUGCAUCGGUUUGACUGGCAAUCUACAGAAGAUCAUCAAACCGAUGUUGCUGAAUCAAUCGGUAGUGUGAUUCGCCGCAAGUUCCCUCUUUACGUGACUGCCUCACCUACUACUACUUAGACCAAUACAUAACUGCUUACUAGCUAUUAUAUUAUGUUAUGUCUUUGAUAAACAUGUUUUAGACAUUUGAAAAGUUAUUACUAGCCAAGAAGAGAUGUUUGAGUUUUAAG